CUCCGGCAGUAGCAACCCUUGGUCUGCACGUUUGUUGCUCCCUUUCCCCGCCAUACAGUGGAAUUGUCUUUUCGAAGGAAAGCUCGAUCUGUCCCCGGCGGAAGCUGUGCCGUCAGGUUUGCGUUUGGAAGCUUCAGUGAUUACGGGGAUAAGUUCUUUUUUCCAGUUCGUGAGGUUUCGCCAAAGAUACAACAUUGCCAUGUUUCUCUCUCCAUUCCCGCAGUUGCGAGUCUGUUUAACUUCCUAACGUCUCUCUUUCCUGUUGGCUCACGAAAAAAUCCCUUUGCAUCUCUGAACUGACCCUUGCCCUAUAUUUUUUCCCUUCGUGCACCACACUGUCAGUAAGCGCAGUGGUCCUUUCCACGCUCGACAUAGACUGAUAACGGUGCCAAGCUUCCACGUUCUGUAACAGGAAACGUCUGCCGUUGUUCUCUGUAUUGUUUCGAACCCGCACCGCGAUCAUCCGUUGAUGCUGAUGUAAUCCUCUGGAAAAUAUCUUUGUUGGCCUCAUUAAGAUACCCGGCUAGUCUCUCUGAAAUAAAAAAUGGCCUUCCGCUACCGUCGCGAGGGUCAAUUCACAAAGUUCCGGGUCCACUUUGACCGCAGUGGCUUCCGGCCUUACAUCGACGAGCUAAAGUGGGAAAUUAUGGACUGGCACUACAAGCGAGCCAUGGGUCCGCAGAUGAAAAAGACUCUUAUGAGUUACCAGGAAGGCUCGGAGAAACUGCAGUACAUGCAUGAUCUAAUUGCUUUGGGGACUGCUAAAGCAAAGUUUCCACAUGCGACGAAACGCUUCUUUUUCGUCCCUGCUCUGCCCGUGACCAUCCCGUAUCGUCGGUCUUCCAACCCGUUCUGCCUUCUGUCGGCGAACAAGACGGGCUGGUUGCAGUGGUCUCCAAAGCAGCGGGUGCCUUUCCCGCAGCCACUCGGAAAACGCAAGGUUGGCGGUACCGAUCCUCAGCCACCCGUUUUCCCCAAGGGGACAUGAUGAGAAGCUGUAGCUGAGUACCUGUGCGAGCGUGAACCGACAAAGAGAAGCGAACGAAGGGGAUGCCAGCUUUCUGCUGCUCACAUUGGCGUCGUCUCUUUGUGCCAGCGCAGCUGGGUCCCUGGUCGGAAAAUGCUUGUUGCUGCAGCUGCAUCAGACAAGAAACACACAACCCUGAUUGAUUUCGAAGCGGAAUCUCUAAAACCUCCAGAUGACACAGGCCACGAAUGAUAUCUCUCAAGCCUUGUGUUCGUUCUGUAACUGCUGGGCAAUACUGCGUACAGAAAAACGGGUCAGAGUUAACUGUCAACACUUCUUGGUAGGUGGUUUUUACUGAAGAUCUUUCAGACCUCAUUUGGGCACAGCGCAAAAACUUCGGCUUGUCGACUGAGUAAAUUCUAGAGGUUUCUUUUGCUAGAUUUCACACGUACACAAACCUCUGAACGGAUCCAGCCGGGCUUUUCUGCCGCGCUAUAGGCAAGAAGUGGUUAUCAGGAGCCGUCGCAGUGGAGAAGGAUGGCACAUUUUGGGCUUGGAGGAAGGGAUACUGUUUUUUUAUGUUGAUAGUGUUCCGUAGUAGUAGUGUUGUUGUCGCAUUAGAUGUAUGUUGGAUGCAAGCAUGCGUCCCGCGUGCUCCUUCGUUCGGCGGAUUCCCUUUUGAGAGAAGUGUCUGGAUGAAAUGUAUGAAACCCGUUAAGGGGGGUUGAAGGGUCGCGGGCAGAAGUCCUUUCUAAUAAUUAAGAAGACUCGGUACUUCUGUGGCAAGCUACGGAUCAUUCGGAUGGGAGAACGAGUGACGUGACGUAUAUUCCUCGCGGAGUCAUCGUUUUGUUAGCGACAAUGGAUGAGUUUCUGCCAGAAACAGCACAGUUCUCCGUUUACGCCUCUACCGUUGCAGGAGGCGUUUUUUUGUUUGCAUGAGAAUCACGUAGAAGGGUGUUUCGUGUCAGGAACCAACAGUGUUCCUAUGUCCUCAUCUUGAGUUGUUUCCGAGCGCAUGCAUUACUUCUGGCAGGAACGCUUUCAUUUGACGCAUGCGCAGUAACUAGGGACACGACGCCAUCAGUGAAAUUGUUCAUGCUCAUCAGUGCGCUGACGGAAGUUUUCUUCGCGACUUCCCUUUGAGAUUCCUUGUAAAUCACUUGUCGUCCCCGCGCUAUACUGCGUGCGAAAGUUGCUGCCCACUCGUAGAGCAUUCGAGCCAAACCGGG